GUGGGUUGCCAUGCAACCGCCCAUCCAGCGCAGCAUCAUCAGCACCUACACUGUAACUACCUCUCGGUGCCGCAUUGAAUAAAUAGCUUAUUAUGGACACGUGCUCUAUGAUGCCUCUAUCCUUUUUUUCUUUUUAAAAUGUAAAUGCCAUCGGGUAACGUUCACAUGACGUCAGGAAUUACACCCGUAGGCAUACGUUAAUAUACACUUCAGGUCUGGCGCGAUUACGUAGUGAUGCUCAUGUCCGGGAUACGGACGGGAAGGGAGCCUCGUGACUGCGGGAGGAAAAAGAGGAGACCGGAUCUAAGAUAAAGCUCCCUCAACAGGGAACACCUUGGCUUUAUGAUUAUUACCCAAAACAGCAUGACAUUAUUACCUUAAGGAAUUCUGCUCCACAAACUACUUCCGCGCGUCUGUUUUCGUUUCCCAUUCCUGUCGAUUGUUUCCUUUUUUCUGUUUUGCUUCAUGAAACGGCUUUUCCGGGCUCAGGUGGGAGCCGAAAGGCUCUCUAGUGGAAACCCGUGGAAGAGACAGUUGGAUGUGAGCUGGACUGGGAUUGUUUGUUUUGACCUGCUCCGCGCGGAGUAGCCUGAAGGCCGAGGUAUCGGAUGCUGAAGCCGCUCGGCCUGCUGAGGCUCCGGGUACCGCAAUGCCGCGGGGAUGUGGAGAGAGAGACGGCAGGUGGGCGAUGGAACGAGCGGGAUCAGGGGAUAUUGGAAAAUGCAGAUGUACUACGCCAAGAAUAAAUGUUGACACAACAUAAGUGCAUCGAGUUCAGGUUUAACAGCUCUGGGCUUAAUGUUGCACAGAUCCUAACCACAUAUUUAAAAUAGUAUCUUUCACAAGAUAGCCUGUAUAUAUUUUGAACUGAGUCUAAUAACCGAGUUAGUCUUUGAUUGGCUAUCAUGCCCUCUCCGUCGGACUCCAGCAGCGUGGCCUCGAUGUCCGGCUCUCGGGCUCUGUCUGGGAGCCGCAGAGGAAUGUCUGGCAGGACCAGCGCGCGGGUGCUGCUGUACCUCGGCUUGUGUCACCUUGCGCUCGGGGCAAUGGUUCUGGCCUUCAGCUUCACCAGCCUCGCCUUCACCUCAUCACCCCGGGUCAGACAGUCUUGCCCUUUUUGGGCUGGCUUUUUUGUAGUGGCGUCAGGAGUAGUAGGUGUGAUAUCAUGGAGGAGGCCCUUCACUCUUGUCGUGUCGCUGUUCAUGCUGCUCUCUGCAGUGUGUGUGAUUCUCAGUCUGGCUGGCUCCAUGCUCUCAUGUCAGAAUGCACAGAUGGUCAAAUCUUAUGUUGACUGUAAGGUGGAGAAUCGUCUGUGUCUUUGCUGUGAGCCUAAGUCAUGCUCUCUAAAGGAAGAUGAUACUCUAGUGCUCUACCAACAUAAAGACUGCCAUGCUGUGCGACACCAGCUUAAGGAUCUGCUGUUUAGCGCAUGUGGCCUGAGUAUUCUGUCCACCAUUAUCUGCACUCUGUCCACGGUCACCUGCAGCAUUCAUAUCUUCUCUCUUGACCUGCUGCAUCUGCUGGCUCCUCAUCGCUCUCGCUCCGUCAACCCAGAAUGCACAACACCUCAAGAUGCAUUUCUCAGUAACAUGAUGGAUUUCGAGGAAUUUGUUCCACCCAUUCCUCCACCACCUUACUACCCUCCUGAAUACACUUGCAGCUCUGAGACUGAUGCACAGAGUGUCACAUAUAAUGGAUCAAUGGAGAGUCCAGUGCCUCUCUAUCCAACCGACUGCCCUCCUCCUUAUGAGGCAGUGAUGGGUCAAAGGGCUCCUAGCCAGGCCACAGUGUAUGACACUCAGGCUGGUGAGCUUUCUGGAGAGAGAGGAACUUCCACAGCUUUUAGUGGUGAAGUGUCAAUGGACAGUGGCUCUCUGUUGAUGUCUGAGAUUGUGGAUAUUCCAGAUGACAGCUCCCCGUCUGAGGACUCCUGCCUCAUGGAGGUUGGCGUUGGUGUUCGGGCCCGAUCGCGGGGGGCCAGCGAGGGAGGGGAGGGGGGAGAGUGUGCCAACUUCCGCUCUUCCCCACAACAUCCUGAAGGUAUGGUGGCAGCUGCUACCGGACGACGCUGUUUCAGAGGCGAGAGAUCCAACUCCUGCUCCUCCCCGAGCACAUACAACACCUCUACCUACAGGUCUCCAGUCCUACGACGUCAAGCCCUGUUGGCUAGUAGCUGCUCUCAGUUAGAGUUCUUAACAGUAUCUCAGCAUUCUUCCAUCCCUGAAAUCAGAGUUCGCCCCUGCACACCCUCCCGACGAGGCUCCUCGUCCGUAUUCAGUAACCCACCUUCCACAGCCCCAUCAGGUCCAGCUCAGGACCGUCCAGACCUCACAGUACAGGCAAACCCUCCACGGCCUGUUUUCCGUGAGCAGAUUGUGCGGGAUCGAAAAAACAGCGAUGGCUUCUUACCUCUUCUUAGGUCACACAGUGAACCAGGACUAAGCUCUUCCACAGACACAGGGGAUUUCAGUCUCUCAGGAGGCAGUAAAGGAGUCAGUGAGGGGGGAUCGCAGACCUCAUCAGAAACAGGAGUAUUGUCUGGAGCUGGUUUGCUGCCUCGCUCCUCUCUGGCACUUCCUGCUUCCCUGCCCAGAAAGGGUAGCAUAAAAGCUUUGAGUAGCCGGUUGCCCAUCAAACAGGUUCCUGCUACAUCGCUGCGUUUGCCCAAAGACUGUGCACGCUCUCUUGGAGACCUCAAGGUCACUCGAGUUUUAGUGCAGCGUUUCCUGCAGAGAUCUAAACGUAACUUAGCCCCUGCUUCUGACCAUACUGCAAACUGUACUCAGGGGCCUAAAAGGAGGACUGGAGGAGAGAGCAGUCUGCCUUUAGAACAGGUGCUUCGUAACUCUAUGGGAGCCAAUAGGGGGCAGCAGCAGCACGUCCACCACCACUGCCGUGGACAUCACCACUCUCAUAGUGACAGUCGCCAUAAUGCCCGUCGCCAUGACGAUGACCCUGCAAGAGCCAGAGGAAUCCACCUGCGCAGCUGCGGAGACCUAAGCUCCACAUCUGUGGUCUCACUGCGCCGGCUUCACCCACCACACGGGUCAUCAGGAGCUUUUUAUUCAGAAUCUGCCCUCUGAAACAGGGCGAGUGAAUCUGGAAUAAAUCCCUGAAGAAAAGAUAACAGGUGGGAAAUAGAUUUGAGAUGAGGAAUUCAUCUUGCAGAAAGCAAAAGCAGAUGUGCUUUUCGAAAUCUAAAAAGUUUUUAGCUGUUCUUGCCAUAGUAAAAAGACUCCACAUUGCAUAACAAUAACAUUUCAGACCCACUGCUGUCUGUACCAGACAAGAUCCUUCUGUUUUUUUCUUUUCUUUUAAUUUAGGGCUUCUUUUUCUCACUCACUGUUUACGUAGAUUUGGAAAGAAUGCAGCACCUCUGACACUGCUGCUUAUCUUCACAGCUCAUUACAAAGCACUUAUGAAAAUACAAACAAGCAAAGCCGUAAGCAUGUCUUGAACACUGAGUGGAGGAGGGGCUUUUUCAUCUUAUUAUCUAAUGUUGGGCUCACAUUACAGGAGUUUUUCAAUCCUAAAUGAUUAAGAAAUCUGGUUCCAACACACACUUAAAGAGAACUUACUCAACUUUUCUUCCCAUUUUGAUGGAGUUAAUAAGAUUUCCAUUCCAGAGGCAGUGAUUUGUGAAGUAGAAUAGUGCAGAAAAAUGUAAACAAAAGGGAAAUUGUAACAAGAUAAUUUAUAUCAGGAUCAACACAAGCAUCUACUGUACAUCGAAGUUAACCAGGAAACAGUGACACAGUGUUUAUUUUAUUAGACACUUACACUUAGACACUUACACUCACUGGCCACUUUAUUAGGUACAUCUGUCCAACCGCUCGUUAACGCAAAUUUCUAAUGAGUCUGAUAAGUCCUAAUUUCUGCUUUGACAUUCGUAUGGUAGGGUCAGGAUUUGGCAUCAACAACAUGAAAGCAUGGAUCCAUCCUGUCUUGUAUCAGUGGUUCAAGCUGGUGGUGGUGCUGUAGUGGU